UCGCUCCCACUAACCAAACCGAACCCAAAUCCAUAGCCAAGGACACUCCCCCAAAUGGGUCACUCAAAAACUGUAAAACCAUAAAGCAAGUGAAGCAACUUCACUGUCACAUCACUAAGAAAGGCCUCAGCCAGAGACCCUCUAAUGUCACCAAGAUCAUUAGCACAUGCGCCAAAAUGGGCACCUUCGAAAGCUUAGACUAUGCCCGAAAAGCCUUCGACUUGUUCCUUGAAGAAGAAGAAGAAACAAAGGGUGUAUUGUUCAUGUACAAUUCUCUGAUAAGGGGUUACUCUGGUGUUGGGCUUAGUUACGAGGCUAUUGGGCUUUAAGUUCAGAUGUUGCAUUGAGCGCGUGCUUGAAGAUUGUGGCUUUCUAUGAAGGGGUUCAGCUCCAUUAUGGGUUUGGAGGAAGAUGUGUUUAUUGGGCAUUCUUUGAUUCAUUUCUAUGCAGAAUGUGGGGACUUGGAUUAUGCCCAGAAGGUGUUUGAUGAAGUGCUUGAGAUAAACACUGUGUCGUGGACUAGUUUGAUUUGUGGUUAUGGUAGGAGGAAUAUGCCAAAGGAGACUGUUUCUUUGUUUUUCAAGAUUGUGGCUACCGGGAUUAAAUCCAAUUCGGUGACUAUGGUGUGUGUCAUUUCUGCUUGCGCAAAGUUGAAGGAUGUUGCUUUGAGUGAGAGGUGGUCUAGUGGGGUGGUUGAUCAAGAGUUUGCAGCAGACGUAGCCAUAGCCAAGUGGCAUUUCAUACCUCACCUUCAAAACCGAACAGUUUCAGAGCAGCCAAAGUUUGUGUUUCCUAUACCUUGUUUUACUCCUACACUCUCCAUCUGACCA